GCUCGCUGCUGCGUUUAAGGUGGCGUCACGUGUGACGUGGUGGGCUCCUCGUUGAACUGACUCCGCGCAGCAGUGCUACCUUAACCAAAGGUUCCGCCCCUUUGGUGAACUUUGGUCAAACUGCCCGAUAGCCGAUGACCAAGUGACCAAAAACAACUGACUUUACCCGAACAACAGUGCAGGUAUGGCGAGGAAGAGGGUCUUCAAACAGGAGGGGUCAUCCUCCGCCGGCAGCAGAGUCCAGGGGUCCGCCGGAGACCGGAAGCGCCCCGAGCCGUCCGGACGGUGGCUGAAGGGAGGCGUACUGGCCACCAUUGCUGUCUUCUUUUUGAUGCCUUGCUUGCAGAAACAACUCCCUGCAUUAAUCCAGCACUUUGUUUACUCUCACAGAAUCAGGGUGCCUCUCUUUGUGGACCUGAGCCGACCCGCUGAUCUCUCCCUCAAUCACACCAUCAACACAUACUUAACCUCGGAGGAAGGAAUCUCUCUUGGGGUGUGGCACACUGUUCCUGACCGGCGGUGGAAAGAGGCUCAGGGGAAGGAUUUGGAAUGGUACCAGAAUACUUUCAAGGAUGGAAGUCCCGUCUUCAUUUAUCUUCAUGGCAACACAGGUUCAAGGGCAGAAACUCACCGUGUGGGGGUGGCAAAAGUAUUGAGUGCACUGGGUUACCACGUGCUGGUGCCAGACUACAGAGGGUUUGGAGAUUCCACCGGAGAGCCGACUGAAGCCGGUCUGACGACUGAUGCCCUCUACUUAUACAACUGGGUCAAAGCACGUAGUGGAAACAGCCUGGUCAUCAUCUGGGGACACUCUCUUGGCACUGGAGUGGCCACAAACACUGCAGUAAAACUGAUUGAGCGAGGUGAGAAGUUUGAUGGAGUGAUGCUGGAGGGUGCAUUCAAUACUGCUCGAGAGCCAAUUCAAGCCCAUCCAUUUAGCUGGUACUACUGGAAGUACCCGGGCAUUGGGUACUUUUUCCAAGAGCCGUGGGCAGAAAACAAGGUGGUCUUUCCUACUGAAGAAAAUUUGAAGAAAAUGAGAAGUCCCAUCCUGUUCCUCCAUUCAGAGGACGAUCACUUGGCUCCCAUUCAGAGUGUUCAGCAGAUGUAUGAGGUAGCAGUGAGUGCCCAGAAUGCCGAGCGAGUCAAGCUGGUUUCAUUUGACGGUUCUCUGGGGUAUCUGCACAACGGCUUAUAUCGUGACCCCCAUCUGCCUGACAUCGUACAGAACUUUGUGCUGUCCUUAUAAUGUCGGAAGAAGAGAAAUCAUGCCAGACUUCAUCAUUUGGCUUUACGCGGUAGCCAAAUGGUUACAGUGCAUGUCCUAUGGCUACAACGUAUCAUUGCUUCCAAUCAGUCUUCCUCUGUGCAAAAAAAUUGGGGAAAACGCCAUAUUUUGAGAAUCAAGUUCAUAUGGCAAACUGAGAGUAAAAUUCUUACUGUGAUUUAUUCUGAAUUAUCAGAACCAUAAACUGUUCUUCCCUCUGGAAAUGAGAUUUGGAUCAGACAUUGUUGCUGUAUAUUCCCUCUAAUGUCUGUUGUUUUUCGGUGAUAAUGCUCAUCUAUACAGUAUAAUGCGUUUGGUAAUCCAAGGCUUAAGAUCCUUCGCCAGCAGCUGUGGAAUGUCUGAGGUUUUUAAAAAAAGGUUUUAACCACAACAGCACUGCAUUCCGAGUUGUGUAGUUUCUCACUUAAAAUGUCAUGCUCUUUAAUUGCAAUAAAUUUGGGGAGUGCCGGUAUCAAC